UGAAAUCCCUUACUUGGAAUACCAGCAUCAACAUCAGCUUCCUGUUCUCUCUCGCUACAUAUAAAAACCCUUCAAACGCAAAAGCCUCUCCACACCUGCUCCUUCCUCUCCCACAAAACAAAGUGCACGUUGCACCUGCAAUUUAUAAUUAACUUGUGCAAUGGCAAAGCCUAGAGUUGAUGCUGAGUAUCUGAAGGAAAUCGAGAAGGCUCGUCGUGACCUUCGCGCUCUUAUCUCCAACAGAAACUGCGCCCCUCUCAUGCUUCGAUUAGCGUGGCAUGAUGCUGGUACUUACGAUGCUAAAACAAACACAGGAGGCCCUAAUGGUUCUAUCAGAAACAGACAAGAGUUGAAUCACGCAGCAAACAAGGGACUGGAAACAGCACUUGCCUUCUGUGAGGAAGUGAAGGCCAAACAUCCAAAAAUUUCAUAUGCCGACCUUUACCAGCUAGCUGGUGUUGUUGCAGUAGAAGUUACCGGGGGGCCAACUAUUAACUUUGUUCCCGGGAGAAAAGAUUCAUUGGAAUCUCCAGCAGAGGGGCGUCUUCCAGAUGCCAAACAAGGUGCGUCGCAUCUAAGAGAUAUCUUUUAUCGCAUGGGUCUAGGUGACAAAGACAUUGUGGCUCUAUCCGGAGGUCACACUUUGGGUAAGGCACAUAAAGAUCGUUCUGACUUUCAUGGUCAAUGGACAAAGGACCCUUUGAAGUUUGAUAAUUCCUAUUUUGUGGAAUUGCUGAGAGGGGAGUCAAAAGAUUUACUGAAGCUUCCCACAGACAAGGCUCUAGUUGAAGAUCCUAAUUUCCGCAAGUAUGUUGAACUAUAUGCGAAGGAUGAAGAUGCUUUUUUCUCAGAUUAUGCAACCUCACACAAAAAACUCUCAGAGCUGGGCUUUAUUUUCAAGAAUCAUCGUUCCAUAUUGGCCAAGGGAGUUAUAGGAAUUGCUAUUGUCUUAACCGCGGUGAUCUUGGGUUACUUACGUGAACUGAACAAAAAAACCAAUUGAAGAGACUAUUAUUAACAUAAAUGUUCUAGUCCCCACAACAGGACACUUGUUUGAUUUUCUUCUUUCCCACAAAUAAAAAAGCUUGUAUAUAAUUGGUGCACUUCAAAAGUUUCCAAAUGUUCCUUAAAUAUAAUCUUCAUUUUAUAUCUUUAA